AUGUGUUCGUGUGACACACUCACACACACAACAGGUCAACCUGUCCAUCAGCAUCCUUGUCAGUCUGACUGUGUUCUUCUUGCUGGUGACAGAGAUCAUUCCCCCCACCAGCGUGAGUCUUCCCCUUCUCGGCAAAUACCUCAUCUUCGCGAUGGUGCUCGUGACUCUCAGCAUAUGUGUGACUGUGGUUGUCCUCAACGUGCAUUUCCGCUCGCCGCAAACGCACACAAUGGCACCGUGGGUGAGACGAGUCUUUCUGCAAAUUCUGCCAAGGCUUCUCGUCAUGAAGCGGCCUCAUUACCACAUGGAUAA